AUGUCCAUCGAGAUCGAGAGCGCGGAUGUGAUACGACUGAUGGCACAGUAUAUGAAGGAAAAUAAUUUGCUGAAGACUUUUCAGACACUACAGGACGAGACGUGCAUCUCAUUGAAUACCGUGGACUCAGUGGAGAGUUUCGUUCACGACAUCCACUCCGGACACUGGGAUGUGGUCUUGAAAGUGGUUCAGUCGCUCAAACUGCCCGACAAGAAGCUGAUGGAUCUCUACGAACAGAUUGUCAUUGAGUUGAUUGAGUUGCGAGAGUUGGGCGCCGCCCGCAGUCUUCUCCGCCAAACGGAUCCCAUGAUUAAGUUGAAGACCGAAACACCCGAACGAUACAUACAUUUGGAGACACUGUUGGCCAGGAGUUACUUCGACGCCACCGAAGCCUAUCCCGAGGGCACCAAUAAAGACAAACGCCGGCAACAGAUCGCUCAGAGUCUGAGCGGUGAGGUGUCUGUUGUGCCGCCGUCUCGGCUGUUGGCCCUCUUGGGUCAGGCGUUGAAAUGGCAACAACAUCAGGGUCUUCUCCCUCCGGGCACUUCCAUCGACUUAUUCCGCGGCAAAGCCUCCAUCAAAGAGCAGGAGGACGAGACCCAUCCCAGCACUCUCUCCAAGACAAUCAAAUUCGGGGCCAAAUCGCACGUAGAAGUCGCCCACUUCUCGCCCGACGGCCAAUAUCUGAUCACCGGUUCGGUGGACGGCUUCAUAGAGGUCUGGAACUUCACAACCGGUAAAAUACGUAAAGACCUGCGCUAUCAGGCGAUGGAGAACUUUAUGCUAAUGAACGACGCGGUCCUCUGCUUGUGCUUCAGCCGUGACUCAGAGAUGUUGGCCUCGGGUUCACAGGACGGCAAGAUUAAGGUCUGGAAACUACAGACCGGACAGUGUUUGCGCCGUUUCGAGAGGGCCCACACCAAAGGUGUCACUUGCGCUCACUUUAGCCGCGACUCAUCCCAUAUACUGUCCGCCAGUUUUGACGCAACCAUUCGUAUCCACGGCCUGAAGAGCGGCAAACUUUUAAAGGAGUUCAAAGGCCACACAUCCUUUGUCAACGAAGUCAUCUACAGCUAUGACGGGCACCAUAUCAUUAGCGCCAGUUCUGACGGAUCUAUUAAAAUAUGGAGUCUAAAGACCACCGAAUGUAUGCAUACAUUCAAAUCGACGGCUAUAGUGGGCGCGGGAACUGUCGAUCUGACCGUCAAUUCGAUACAAUUAUUGCCGAAAACGCCCGAAAACUUUCUGGUCUGCAGCCGUAGCAACACAUUAAGCAUUAUGAAUAUGUCGGGACAGGUAUGUCAUUGGGAUAUCAUUGAACAGACCGGACAGUGUUUGCGCCGUUUCGAGAGGGCCCACACCAAAGGUGUCACUUGCGCUCACUUUAGCCGCGACUCAUCCCAUAUACUGUCCGCCAGUUUUGACGCAACCAUUCGUAUCCACGGCUUAAAGAGCGGUAAACUUUUAAAGGAGUUCAAAGGCCACACAUCCUUUGUCAACGAAGUCAUCUACAGCUAUGACGGACACCAUAUCAUUAGCGCCAGUUCUGACGGAUCUAUUAAAAUUGUGAAGAGCUUUACGAACGGCAAAGUGGAAGGCGGAGACUUCGUGUGCUGUCGAGUGAGUCCCAGAGGGGAGUGGGUUCUGUACUGUUUCAACGCCAACACAACAAAACUGGAGAAAGUACUGCCCGUUCACGAGAAGGAUGUCAUUGGACUCACACAUCAUCCGCACCAGAAUCUGAUCGCCACUUAUAGCGAAGACGGUUUGCUUAAGAUAUGGAAGUCCUGA